CAGAGCAGCUGGGGUAUAUAAAGGACUGCCGUGUAGAUUCCCAAACUAAGAGAAGAGUCAAUACAGAAAAACUGAGGAAACUUUCAGUUCUCACUGGACCCUGAAGAUCAAGUCAGAGGCAGGAACCUGCAAUCAGAACAACAUUGACAUCAUGUCCCAGCACGCAGCCUUGACCAGCUUGUUUGGCGAUGACCCUUUCUUCAGUCAUGAGCAGCUGCUGUGGCCGCUCAAUAUUGAAGCCCUGUCUUCUCUCCAGCGAGACUUCUUCAACCGGAGAGCCAAAAUAGCCAACAGCCUCCUGAGCCAGCUCUAUGAUGGGCCCCAGCUGCUCAACUUCAGCCAGAUGCCCCUAAUGUCUAACACACUGAAGCGGCUGAGUGAUGAUGAAGAGCAGCAGAGAGAGCUUUCCACUACAGAGACCCACAAGGAAGUACAGCCAGCUAAUGAAAACAACGGUGACCUCCUGGUGACACUAGAUGCUCGCGGUUAUGCCCCCAGUGACAUCACUGUCAAGCUGGAAGGCCGGCGUCUGGCGGUCGUUGCCAUGAAGGAGGCCGGAGCAGAAGAGAGCCAGUCCUGCUCCUCCUCAUCCUCCUGUGCCUCCUUCUGCUCCUCUGCAUCUUCUCAGGCAGGGUUCGCCCAGAAGAUCGACCUGCCUCCUCACCUGGAUCUGUCCGGCCUCUCCUGUUCCCUGAUGGAUAACGGACAGCUGCGUAUCCAUGCCCCUGUGGCUAAGGAGGCAGCUGGAGAGGAACGCCAGGUACCCAUUCGUUUCAGGACAUCGCUGGAGUUUCCCAUCAAAAAGGACAACACAGAGGAAGAGCAAAGAGACUAGUGCAUAUGUGCCCCCCAACACACACACACACACACACACACACGCACACGCACACACACGCACAUUUUUAAUGAAUGUAUUUAUAUACACCCUUCCACAACAAAAAGACUCUACGAUGAGUAAUGUUUACAAUUAUUAGAUAAAGACAACUUUUUAUUUUAUAACAAUGUGCAAUUUGUAUCAACUGUAAAAAUGAAAUAAAGUGUCAAAUGGAAAAUAAUUUCAUAUAAAAUUU